CAUCUCGCCGGGAGAACACAUAACGCUGGAUUUGAAAUGUCAUCAUGAAGGAUGACAGAGGAAAUUGAACAGCGGUAGCAGCCUGGCUGUGUUUCAUCAUGUGACGGUGUUCAAACGGUACAGCUAUGUGUUCAGAGUUACCGGUAACAUUACAGCCGUGAACAGGUUCAGUGAACACACCGUGACAGCACUCAAACCGAAAACAACACCGAGAAUGGAGAAGUGUCCCGAACACCCGCCGCUGUUCACCUUCGGUGUGAUAGCGGACAUUCAGUACGCAGACCUGGACGACGGCUACAACUUCACCCGGACCCGGCGGCGGUACUACCGGAGCAGUCUGCAGCUGUUAAAAAACGCUCUGGAGAGCUGGAGAGAGUCGGCGGUGAAACCGAAGUUCAUCCUCCAGCUCGGAGACAUCAUCGACGGCUUCAACAAGAGUCACGACGCCUCAGACCAAGCUCUAGACACGGUCCUGACAGAGUUCAGCUCCGGGCCCGCGGAGGUCCACCAUGUGUGGGGUAACCACGAAUUCUAUAACUUCAGUCGGAGUGCGCUGCUGCGUUCAAGGCUCAACAGUACUCUACACUCCGACGGGAUCCUGAACGCAGCGCCAGCUGACAGUGAGAUCUACGCGUACAGCUUCAGUCCGGUACCCGGGUUCAUCUUCGUGGUUCUGGACGGGUAUGAUGUGGGUCUGCUGGGCAGAGAGGAGAGCAGUCAGCAGUACAAAGACUCUCUGAGUCUCAUUAGACAGCAUAACCCCAACAAAGACCUCAACAGCCCAGUGUUUAAAGGUUUGGAGGAGAGAUAUACGAUGUUUAAUGGAGGCUUCAGCAAAGUUCAGCUGGACUGGCUCGAUUCUGUUCUGUCCUCAGCUGAUGAAAAACAGGAGAAAGUCACAAUCGUCAGUCAUCUCCCAGUCCACCCUCGCUCCACCACACCCAUCUGCCUCGCCUGGAACUACGACGAGCUGCUGUCCGUCAUCCGCUCCCAUAGUUGCGUGGUGUGCUUCAUGGCCGGACACGACCACGACGGAGGAUACCACAGGGACAAAAAUGGGGGGGUACACCACCUGACCGUACAGGGCGUCGUAGAAACUCCACCAGACGGCAACGCCUUCGCCACUGUCUCCGUGUAUGAGGACAAGAUGGAGCUGAAAGGAUGCGGGAGGGUCAGGGACCGAGUGUUUGAGUUCCCACAGAACGAAGGCAACAUAACAAAAGCAAUGACAGAUUUACAGAUUAAUUGAUGGUGAAGGAAAUAUUUGAGGAAUAUCUUUUGAUUUAGAGACAGAGUGCUAAAUCCAUGUGGGUCUCGGCAUUAUUUAAAGAGGUUCAGGGAUUAUAGACCCCGGAAAAAAACAUUCACAAUGAAGACUCUGCUGUACACCAGAGCUGGGCGAUAAAUGGAUUUAAUCCGAUAAUUUACAUUAAUGGAGAACAGUUAUAAUUUGAUUUACUGUAAUGUGCCCACAUUAGGAAGCUGCCGUCACUUUCCCGAGCGUCUGUGUUCAAAGUGAAGUUGAGUAAUUCGACGUAUUCACAGUGUCAUUGAAUGAACGUAAAACAACUUACUGAUGAAGCAGCUGCAGUACGUGCACGAAGAUCACGUGAUAUAAACGUCAUCAUUUCUCUACUUAGCUUGCAGUGAUUUUUUCUGACUUCGUACCGGCUGCAUUCUCACCUUAAGUUAUUGUCUUCUUGUAAAAGUUUGACAAAGAGGCUGGUCAGACAAUUCCGGGUGAAGUCAGGAUGUAGAAUUUAGUUGUUUGCGUUCACACAUGCAGCUCACCCUGGGAGUUUCUGCAGACUUUCAGGAGUUAAGUGCAUGUGUAAAAAGAGCCUUUUUGUGAAAUCCUGUUACAGUUCAUCCUAAUCUGAGAGUUUUCUUCAGCUGCAGGUCAAAAGUCAGCAUAAGUUUAAACAAAAGUGAUAAUAUAUGCGUUUCUGAAAAAGCUUCUUCAGUCUGACGGCCUCCUGAAUAAAACCGGUCUGUUCUAAUCUUCAUGCAACUUUAACAGAGACGAACAGGUGUAAGGGAAAGUGUGUGUAUGAAACUGAGAGCUUCAUUAGACUGACAGCUCAGAGUCACCUGAAGCGGCCAAAAAUUCAUUCGGAUUUUAAGUUCUGAUGUUUUGUUUGAAAUCUAAACUUUGAUUUUGUUGUCCAGCUCUACUGUAGACAACCUUCUGUGUCCACUACUUACUUUAUUAUGUGUAAACUUAGAGUUUAUAUUCUCUCUACCAAAGAUGUGAAUGUUUGGAAAGGUAGAAUACUGACGACUCUUCUGAAACACAACCACACUUUGUGUUUUUAAACGCAGUGUGUCAUGACACUUUACCUCAACAAAAAAAGAAGCUUUUAUUUUUUUAUCCUGAUGAAGAGGGAGAUAAUUCUUCUACAUAGAUUUUGAUUUAAUCUGGAGGUUGAAUGAUAUAUAUAUAUUUUAAAUUGAGAUUAUUUUCUAUUGCUGCCUUUUUUUGAGGUGAUGCAGCACUAAUUUGUAUUUAUUCUUUUAUUUUCUGAGGGAUGUAAUGAGCAGUGUUAAAUGAAUUAUAUUGCAAGUGAACAUGUUUUACAAUGUAAAACUAUGCAAUGGGUAAUAAAAAAAAACUGAAUACCAGAA